CACUUCCUUCCUUUCCUCAUCACUCUCUCCGUCCCAUCAAUCUCUCAUCUACAUGUCUCUGAUCCCUCCAGCUCUCUCGGAGGACACGCUUACCAUCCUGUGCGGGGUCAGCCUGGUGGCUGCCUUGCUCAUCGGUCACACUCUGUUCGAGCGACUUCGGCCCUACCCCUCAAUCGCGUUUGAAGUCGCGUUACCAGAAGAGGUAUUGCCAGGCUGGAAAGGAGGCAGCAUUCUGACGAACCCGAGCAUCCAGGAGCCCUCGCGUCCAGGACAGAUCAUCUGCUAUGAUCCCUCAACAGCUCGUCAUCUCGCCACGAUCCGUGCCCACACCAAGGAGGAUGUGGAUCUUGCCCUUAUCAAGGCGCGCAAGGCUCAGGAAAAGUGGGCAAAGACAACAUUUGCGGAGCGCAAGGUUGUGCUCCAGUCGCUGUUGGACUUUAUCCUUUGUCAUCAAGAGUCAAUCUGCAGGGUUGCCGCCAGGGACACGGGCAAGACCAUGGUCGAUGGUAAAUUUGGCGAAAUCCUGACAACCUGUGAACGUAUUCGCUGGACAUUGGCCCAUGGCGAGGAUGCACUUAAGGACGAUUACCGUGACCCGGGUCUCCUGAUGUUCUACAAAUCAGCCAAGGUCGAAUAUCGCCCGAUGGGUGUGGUCGCUGCUUUGGUAUCCUGGAAUUAUCCCUUUCACAACACCUUCGGACCCUUUAUCACCGCCAUCUUUGCAGGAAAUGGAAUUCUGAUCAAGGCCUCGGAGCAUGUGGCCUGGUCGACUAUGAAUUAUUAUGCCAAGAUUGCACGGUCAUGUUUGGAAGCUUGCGGCCACGAUCCUGAUCUGGUGCAGUUCCUGGUUGGUUUCCAGGAUUGUGGAGAGGCAGUUGUGACAAGCGGAGUGGAUGGCAUCACCUUUAUUGGAUCUCCUGGAGUGGGCACCAAGGUUGCUAUGGCUGCCUCCACCAACCUCACGCCCUGUGUUCUCGAGUUGGGCGGAAAAGAUGUCGCGAUUGUGAAUAAGGAUGUUGAUCUGAAAGCCGUAGUCCCGAUCCUGAUGAGAGGCGUCUUCCAGAACUGCGGUCAAAACUGUAUUGGCAUUGAGAGGGUUAUUGUGCACGAGGCUAUCCACGACAAGUUGAUCGAGAUGGUGGACAGCCGAAUCAAGCAGCUGAAGCAAGGCCCACCUCUGGAGAUGGAAAAUAUUGACUGUGGGUCCAUGACUAUGAGCGGUCGAACCCCGAUCUUAGAAACCCUAAUUCAGGACGCCGUCAGCCAUGGAGCGACAUUGGUGGCAGGAGGAAAAGGAUUUGUCCAUCCAAAAUUCCCUCAGGGGCAAUUCUUUACUCCUACUUUGAUCACAAAUCUUCGAACCAACAUGAAGAUCGCUCAGGAGGAGGCCUUCGCACCUAUCAUGGCCGUUUUUAAGUUUUCGAACUUGGACGAAGCUGUCUCAAUUGCCAACUCGUCCAUCUACAGCCUUGGAUCGAAUGUAUUUUCACGCAACCAAAAGGAGGGCGUGUAUGUCAUGGAUCGUCUUCGUGCUGGAAUGAGCAAUCUGAACGAUUUCGGCGUCAACUAUCUUUGUCAGUCGCUGCCUUUUGGGGGAGUCGGCAAGAGUGGCUACGGACGAUUUGGUGGUCCAGAAGGCCUGCGCGCAGUCUGUCACCAGAGAUCGAUUACGGUGGAUCGGUGGCCCAUGCUUAUCCAAACGUUUUUGCCUCCGGUGCUCCAGUACCCUAUGAACAAUGUUGGAGAUGCGAUUGUGGUCACCAGGGAUCUGGUUAACAUCAUCUACGCUGGAUGGGUGGGUCGAAUCAAGUCGGUCUUUGAGAUCGUCAAGGUCAUGCUUGUGGGGGCGAAUGAACCCGAGCAGCUGUCAUAAAUAGAAUCCAUCGAUCGAAGAGUUAUUGAAUACAAGCCUAGUCAAACAGAGAUCGGAUAUUCCCUUGGUGGAAUUAAAGUUGAAGAGGCAA